GGGCCUCACACGAAUUUCAAUUCUCAGGCCAGCGAAUUCGAUAACGACGACAACUUCCGUUUCCUUUCCCGGCCCAAACAACAACCAGAUCACCAUGUCGUCCAAGGCGCAGCCAGCGGCCAAGACGUUUGGCAAGUCCACCCGGACGGUCCCUCAGGCCUCGGACAAGGCCCAGAAGUGGUACCCUGCCGUCGACGAGUCCAAGCCCAAGAAGGUCCGCAAGACCCUCCGCCCCUGGGCUCCCCGAAACUCGCUCCAGCCCGGUACCGUCCUGAUCCUCCUCGCUGGUCGAUUCCGGGGCAAGCGCGUCGUCCUCCUUAAGGCUCUCGACCAAGGUGUUCUCCUCGUUACCGGCCCAUUCAAGAUCAACGGCGUUCCUCUGCGCAGAGUAAACGCGCGAUAUGUCAUCGCGACAUCACAGAAGGUCGACGUCUCUGGCGUAGACCAGAAGAAGAUCGAGGAGAUUGCGCAACCCAAGUACUUCACCGCCGAAAAGGCCAAGGAGAAGGCUGGCGAGGAGGCGUUCUUCAAGCAGGGAGAGAAGCCACAGAAGAAGGUUAUCUCCAGCAGCCGGGCAGCGGACCAGAAGGCGAUCGACAAGGCUCUGUUGGCCAGCAUCAAGAAGGUCGAUAUGCUCGCGAGCUACCUCGCCUCCUCUUUCAGCCUCCGCAAGGGUGACAAGCCCCACGAGAUGAAGUGGUAGACGUUGGGAGAUGUUGCAUGGAGAUGGCUAAAGGGGCGUGGUUCGGAGGGUUGGGAUGGCUCGGCCAAUUUGCGUUUCGACGUUGACGGUUCUCGGUCCAUUACGGCGUCUGUAAUGAGGUUUUACAGUCAUCAUCAAAGAGCAUAAAACAAGGCUUCACAACGGAUCAUGGUUUUAAGAACGGGUUUCAGUGUCACCUGGAGAAUGAGAAGUCUAGAAGGGAACGCUCGACAAACGCCCUGAUAGUGAGCAUGUAAAGGUCAGCUUCUCCUCCUUGAGGGCCGCAUUCUCUGUGUGAAUUAUCCACUCUGCAAGAUGAGCCUGGUGAUAAACAAUAAAUUGUUGCCAUUCGUACGGAGUACAACCAUAUCAGAAUGUAUCUGGGCUGGAAGCUUCCAAUCCUCAUGCGUUCUUCCAUG